CUCUGCUCCGGGGAUGAACCCGUGAAAAACAUAUUAUCAGCAUCUAGUUUUUAUUCUGCAAUAGCACUUUGUCUAUCUUCGGUACUUUCAAAUGAGUAAAUUUGGAUAAACAAAUACAGACCAGAAGUGCUGAAGGUUACACUCAAGAAGAAAAGCUACAUUCUGUUACGCACAAAGAAUAAUUUUAUAUUCAGAAUUGCUAUAGUCUAGAACGAUAGUGCUACGCCAUCCAUAAUUCUGUUUCAAACACUUGUACCAGCAUUUUUAUAGAAUUUCCGCCUGUACUAACGCUUGACGUAUCUGAAAAAUAGCUACCAAACAAGCUAGCGUUAUAUUCAUGCGAUACACAUAAAUUUGCGAAGCUGUUGUCAUCUAAGGGAUAUAAGUGGGACACACACUUAUAUACAAUAGAUGAUUUGUAAGCACCGGGUGAAUUUUUGUCCCCAAAAUCCAAAUAACCACCUCUUCGGUAUAAAAACGUCUGUAUAUGUAAUACCUUUAUUCGAUAUUGUGGAAAUAUAGCUUUGACAAAACAACAACUAAAUUAUCCUUACCGCGUCGGCGAAGUGGGCGCUGUACAUGAUUUGCGGAUUCGCCAUCGCAAAUGGUAAUUUUCGGGGACCAGGUAUUGAAUAUAAUCUUGAAAUCAAUAUGACCCCUUUAUUCUUCUAUAUUUUAAUUCUUUACGUCCUUGACACAACGAAAACUGCAACCAAAAUUACCAGCAGGUACAACUGAAGGAGUGGUGUCUAUCUCAUACAACGUGAACAAUUCGCAAGUCAUUAGUUUCAAACAAAUUAAAAUUCUCGUGAUUGGUUCUAACAUCCGCACAUCAUUAAAUCCUAUUUAACUACAAGCACUAAGUUUUAAUUCACCUAAGAUUAGGUAGUAAAAAUGGACAAGCCCUCUUAUUUGCCUGUUGGGAUUUUAGUUUCUGGGUUUCUUUAACUUCAUCAUCCCAGUUUCCGUAACAUGAAUGAUACGUUUGAUCACUCCCGCUCAGUAGUCAAAAAUAAAAACAAUAUUUGAAAAAUUGGAACGGUGGACGAUGUCAAAUAAUAUCAACAUCCGGCCAUCUUCCAAAUCAUAAAAACCCUGUGUUUUCGGAUAUUAGUUUAUGUUACUUUUGAGAAAUCUGAAGAAACAAUCUACAAGAUGAAAUAUCUUCUAAUCGCACUCUUCGUCGCAGCAGUGUCUGCUCGUCCACAUGAUCGUGUAAUCGGUGGAUCGAACGCACCAAGCGAGGCGUAUCCAUGGCAGGUAUCACUUCGUCGGCCUAUCGGAAAUUCUCAUUUUUGUGGAGGAUCCCUCAUCUCUAUGGACUGGGUUAUGACAGCUGCUCAUUGCACACUCAACAACGUUAAUGUUGCAAUCGGUAGCACAACUAUUUCUAACCCCUUAGAAACAAUUUCUGGAACAUUCACAACCAGCCCCAACUACAACUCCAACACCAUCAGCAAUGACUUCGCCGUCAUCAAACUGGCUUUCUCUGCCACACCUGGCCCAACUGUUGCUGCGAUUCAAUUGGCCAGUACUGGACAAACUUUCUCUGGUACAGCCGUUACAAGCGGAUGGGGAUACAUCAACGGCGGAAGCAAUCCCAACACCAUACCCAACGAUUUGCAAUAUACCGAAUUGCCUCUGGUGGACCAAGCUACCUGCAAUAGCAUGUGGACAGUCUUGCCUAACCAACAACGCAUUGACGACUCAAUGCAAUGCGCUGGUGCAGAUGGUGCAUCUUCCUGCAUGGGUGAUUCUGGUGGCCCUCUUGUCCAACAAGUCAACGGUGUAUGGACCCUCAUCGGUGCAGUAUCCUGGGGAAGCAGCUCUUGCAGCACAGACCAACCAGGAGUUUACGCCAGAAUUGCUUAUGGCAGAUCCUGGAUCAACCAAGUCACUGGAAUAUAAGAGAAGAGAAUUACUGUGCGACGUAGCAAUAAUUUAAUCCACGAUUUUUUCUCCGAUUCAUAUCAAUUACAAUGAUACAAUUUAAAACGAUGAAGAUAAAACAUAUGAAGCAUAG